AAUUGAGUAAUUGACAUUGUGACUUUGACAUUGAAGUCAAUUUCAAAAUAUUUUCGCUCGCAUUUAUUGAAAUUUGUGAAGCAAUUAGAUAACUAAAAGUACUAUUAAUAAACUCUAAACUAUGCUUCUGAAAAAAGUAUACACUUUAGUUUUCAUAAGAAACGACACAAAGAUAUUACUUGGGUGGAAAAAACGCGGUUUUGGUGUGAACCAGUGGAACGGUUUUGGCGGAAAAUUGGAGCCAAACGAGACUAUACAAGAGGCUGCAGUUCGUGAACUGAAAGAAGAAUGUUGUCUUAGCGUCAAAACAGCCGAUUUACGCAAUAUCGGACACUUGGAGUUCACUUUUGAGGACGAUCCUGUAAUGAUGGAUGUGCGAGUAUUCUCUACCAAUAUGUAUGAGGGAGUCCCAAAGGAAACAGAAGAAAUGUGCCCAAAAUGGUUCGAUUUAGAUCGCAUACCGUUCGACGACAUGUGGCCGGACGAUAAAUUCUGGUUCCCGUACAUGUUGAAAAAUAAAUUGUUUUAUGCAAAAUUUCAUUACAAAGGCUUUGAUACCAUCUUGCAUUACAAUAUAGAGGAAUUGGAGUCUAUGGAGGAUUUCUAUGCUAAGAAAAGUACCUAAUUGAUUACUUUAUGUAAUUACUGGUGUAUUUUCAUUAUGCAGCUGUUUGGUUUGAAUAAUGUUUCAGUUCCUCAGUACAAUCUGAUCCAUAUUAUAAUUUCUGAAUAGCAAUUUUCCAUUUUGUAUUAAGCUUACUACUCUGUCUUCUCUUUAGUUUGAUAAUACAACUCGAGUAUCUGAAAAAAAUCUGUUGUAUUAAAACUAUGUGUAAAAUUAUUAAUACUUUCACAGUUUUUUCCUUAAACUAAAACAUUUUUAGGUUUUGAAUGUUAACAGUUAGCCAAAACAUCUAUUUACAAGCCUGCAAUAUGACUCGUGGACAUAAUAAACUAUUUUAAAACAAUAUUAUGUCCAAAAUAUUUUUAUGUUGGUCUUAAGUAUUUGUAUAAUUGUGAAGAUGUUUGAUUUUGAUCUUGUUCCACUAGAAAUAUUUACAUGUUAACAAUAUGUCUGUUACUCUGAUUGACACAUUAGAUAUAACUAGCUCUUAUGACCUUUCAAAGUAUUUGGAAUAGUAUGUAGGAUUGGUCACUAUUGUAAACUUUUGCCAUUGUUUGUUGAUGUUUUAUAUUCUAGACUAGAUUAGACUAACAGGCUGUGGUAGUUAAGAUUACUAGAAUUAAGUAUAAUGUCAGUCAUACUGAAUUAGGUAUAAUGCAGGUUUGCAUGCACAUUAUUUUUUAUAAGUUUUGUCUGCCUCAAAAAGUUCUCCAAGGCUGUUGAGAUUAUUUUUUAUGUGUAUUUAAUUUUAUAAUCUGAUUUACCUGAAUUAAAUACUUAAAGUACAAUUUA